GUCACAUUAACUUCCUGUUUACCGCCUGCUGUACCUCCAGACAGUAGUACACAGAUUGCAACACCACUCUCCACUGCUGGGGCUUUUACCAAUAACAACAUAUGCAGCAUUGCGAUCCUACAGCCACGGGGUUGACUACUGUAUAAUUUUAACCUUUUAACCGCUAUGGCCGUUAUUACUGAGGAGUCAUGAAGACGUGACAUUGAGGAAACGUGUGCAGGCCGGGAAGGAUCCUGGAGAUUUCCUGACUCCAGCUGACUGGAGUUCAGUUAGGUGGUGCUGAGAGUCGAGCAUUACUUCACCUGUAGUCGCAAACCAAACCGUGGUGAUGUGGAGGACUGUGAAGGUCUGAUAUUGCCUCAAAUGUUUAUACAGGGGGUUUGAGUGAGUGGAAACCAUCAACUUGCGCCUGAGAAGCUGAACUAGCCUGUUAGCUAGUCGUGCUAACUCCGGUAGCAGCAGCAGCCGCGGUGUGAGUGGCUGGCUGUGAGGGCUGGCUAACGGGUUGUGUUUGGAGAGUGGAGCUGCCCGCCGGUGCGCUGAAUUCAGGAAGAGUCCCCGGCUCCGGCCCCCUCAAGCGGGCAGUCAGGAAGAAGCUGGCUGGGAAGGGAUGGCCUGGUCGGUCUUCCCGUUCCAAAGGACAAGGCUCUGCGGUGUUUGAAGGAGGUCGAGUACGGCUAGAGGCCACCACCGCGGGUCGAGGCGCUAUGAUGGCCGCCUCCCCCUCCACGGCCGGCGGCUUCACGGCCUCCGGGCUGUCGGUCAGAAAGAGCGAGGAAAUAGCGGAUUUGAUAGAUUUGUUUUCCAAGAUGCAGUACAGAGCAAAGGAAGUCAUUCCUCGGGUGGAGGUGAUAGAGAAGCGCUGUCUGGAGUUAUUUGCCAGAGAUUACAAGUACAGUAUCAUCCAUAACUCCAAUGGAGAAGUGUGCGGCCAUUAUCCCCGGCAGAUAGUUUUCCUGGAGUAUGAAUGCACAGAUGUCGAGAGAGACAGGUUUGAGAGCACAGUUCAGAUAAGUAAGCUGCAGGACCUGGUGAACCGGAGUAAGCUGGCUCGCUGCAGAGGGAGGUUUGUCUGUCCCGUCAUCCUCUACAAUGGCAAGCAUAUUUGCCGGUCGUCCACUUUGGCAGGAUGGGGGGAGCUGUAUGGACGCACGGGCUACAACUACAUCUUCUCAGGGGGCACUGAUGACACGUGGACAGAGUCUGAGGAGGUUCCAGAGGAUGACAGCGCAGUCAGGAACGGGGACUCCCAGCUGUUUGACAAGGUUCGGGGCCAUGACAUUAAGCUGCUACGUUACCUCUCGGUUCGCUACAUCUGUGACCUGAUGGUGGAGAACAAGAAGGUUAAGUUUGGCCUAAAUGUGACGUCCUCUGAGAAGGCGGACAAGGCCCAACGCUAUGCAGACUUCACCUUGCUCUCUGUGCCUUACCCAGGGUGUGAGUUUUUUAAGGACUACAAAGACAGAGACUACACAGCUGAGGGCCUGGUGUUCAACUGGAAUCAGGACUAUGUGGACGCUCCUUUGACAAUCCCGUUGUGCUUUACUCAGAACUUGAACAUUGACUGGACUCGAUACCAGUCGUGGGACCUGGUGGAGCAGACCCAGAACUACCUGAAGCUGCUGCUCCACAUCAUUAACAGCGAUGAUGAGAGUGGCCUCCUGGUACACUGCAUAUCUGGCUGGGACCGAACGCCUCUGUUUGUGUCCCUUCUCAGGCUCUCCCUGUGGGCAGACGGCGCCGUUCAUGCCAGCCUGGAGCCGGCCGAGAUCCUGUAUCUGACCAUUGCUUACGACUGGUUCCUCUUCGGUCACAUGCUGCCAGAUCGACUCUCCAAAGGAGAAGAGAUUUUCUUUUUUUGCUUCAAUUUUUUGAAGCACAUUGUCUCAGAGAAGUUCUCUGCUGUUAAGAAACAGAGAAGGAAGAACUCCCACUUCAAAGACAGUGAUUUCACUGUGGAAGAUCUCUGCCAGUUAAAGCCGAGGGAUCGCGGCAGUGUGACCAGUCUGAGCAGUGACUUUUCCCUCAUCACUGAGGAUGUGGGCGGUGCCUCCAGCCUCACCAAUGACACCGUGGACCUGUUGUCCAGCCAACCCCAGGCCUCCAGCUGGAGAAAAGGCACCACCUCCUCCCCUCAGAUGGUUGUUUGGAAUAAACAGAACCCUCUAGACGAGCACCUCUCGCAUCCACUCAAUGAGGCCAGGUCUUCCAGCUCCUCCUCCUCCAACCAAUCAGAACACGGCAUCACACGCACUGGCAGCAGCCCGUUGGCUGUCCCCGGAAGAAGGUUAGCAGCAGACUACACUCGGUCAGGUUCCUCUCUCUCGACAGAGUACGGGAGUUGGCAGAUAGUUUCGGGUUGUGGCAGCAUCCAUGACCACGCUAACUUCCAUCCACCUGUGGCCUCAGCCUCCUCCACCUCAUCUGCUGUGGCUGCUGCCUACGACUCCCCCCUGCCCUUCAGUUUUCAGGAUGAAGGACCCAGUGGACGAAUGUGUCCCUUCCCCUCUGAGCGUCAGGCCCGUCUGGAGGCGGUGCGGGAAGUCUUCCUGGCAGCCUACAGCUCCACUGUUGGCCUCAAGUCCUCAGCACCCAGCCCCUCAGGCGCCAUCUCCGGUCUGCUGGAGCAGUUUGCCCGCGGGGUCGGCCUCCGGGGCACCAACGCCAUCGUCUGAACCCUCUCAAUGUGACUUCAGAUCCUCCUUCUGCCUCCAUCCAUCCAUCCACAGUCUAUAUCCAACAUGCCUGGACUCAGUACAAUAAAGUGCCAAACAUCUCUGUUCAGAUCAGGGGUGAAGCAUUUUUCCUAUUUCCUUUCUUUGAUUUUGUUUUCAAACCUUCACUUCUUGGAUUUCAGUUUUCUCUGUGCUGCUCCAGCUUUACUCUGGAUGUUUAAUCUUCCAUGUUGAGUUCAUCAGUCACAUUCAGGGAGGGAAAUGGUUUCAGCCACAGUAUCAAAAAGGGAUAUUAAGAAGUCUUUCUAGCUGCUGAUAUUUACAAGGCUGAGAACAUGGGGUCUGUACCUGUUACAGGCAGAAUACAAACACUUCUUCCUUCCUCUGCUCUUCCUUAAUCUGUUCCUAAUUUCUUAAAAUCCUUAAGAGUCCUUGCAGUGACCGUCCCAUGUACAGGCAGCCAUGUUUUUAGUUCUCUUGCUUUGUGCUGCUAUUAUACUGAUCCAAGCAAAGGACUGUUAUGUUGUUAAGGUGAAAUUUAAAGCUAAGAUUAAAAAAAGCACUUAUUGUGUUCUGACAGUAAUGGCACCAAGCUUUUUUUAGCUUCCAAUUUGGCACAGUAGAUUAAAAUCAGAAUAUAUAAUCAGUUUCAGAGCUUGUAGCUUUGGGGUCCAGACUUGAAAAAUAAGGUUGAAUUUCAGAAAGUCCAUCAUAAAGGUCCAGUGUGUAGGAUUGACAGGGAUAUAUUGGCAGAAAUGGAAUGUGAUAUUCAUAACUUUUUUCAUCAGUCAAUAAUAACCUGAAACUAAGAAUUAUUGUGUUUUUGUUACCUUAGAAUGAGCGGUUUAUAUCUACAUAGGGAGCUGGUCCCCUUGCACGGUGUCCGCCAUGCUGUUUCUGUAGUAACCCAGAAUGGACAAACCAAACACUGGCUCUAUGUGGAGCCAUUUGUGUUUUCGAGUUGGCCGCUGUAGUUCUCCUGCAUGUUUGGCACAUGGGAGAAGUUUCAGUUGGUUACAGUCUGCAACCUCACCACUAGAUGCCACUAAAUCCUGCACACUAGGCCUUUAAUGCAAAACUCACAUGCUGUAUGUACACUUACUCAGUUACUGGCUGCUGUUCACAUUUGUUCUGUCCAAACUGGCAGUGAAGGGAUCCCUUUGUAGUGUGACAACACUGUAGGAAUUAGAGGACAAAAUUUACAUUCAUUUUCAGUCGAAGUGAAUAUCAGGCCUCAGCAGUUUGAGUAGUUGUGUUUCCAUCUAAAUUGGGCAAAAUGGCCAUCACACCACCACGACAGAACAGUGCUAGUCAAACCUCAACUGAAGGAAACAAUAGAUGAAUGAUAACAGAGAAUGCACUUGAGAUUGGAAAUAGAGUUUUGAAUAAUUAAAAUUACAGCUCUGUGCUCUUGGUAGAGUUCUGCUGACAGCCCCUUGUGCAUAUACACUGUAAGCAUGUUAAAAGCCUGCAGAGAUGACAAAGAGAGCUCGCAAUGGCCUAUGCAAUGAUGCAUCAUAACUGUACAUCAUCAUUUAUUCGCUUCAUCGGUCUCCAUUGCACUUAGUCACAUUUACUUUUUAUCGAUACACUUACUUUUCCACCUCCCCCAUGCUACAACCUUUUUUUUGUACUUCAUGUUUAUUCAAAUUCCUGCUGUCUCCACUUAGGUUGUUUUUAUGCACAAAUUGAAAAUGCGAAAUCAGGUGGAUGAAAACACACCUAGUGCCAGUGUUUUGUCCUGGUCUUACAUCACAUCCUGUUACUUGAAUAGCAAUUUCAGUUUUGGCAAGAGUUCACUAUACUUGAAACAAACUAGUCCAUACAGCAUGUUGUCUGACCAUGUUUAAAGGCAGAAGCGUUAAUAGCUGUUCUGAAAGACCACACUUGAAGUGCUGUGCAAAAAAGCCUGCAGUCAUAAACGCCUUAUACAUGGAGAUCUUGCUGUAGGGUUGCUACAAAGUCCCUUCUUCGUGCUCCUUUGCAUUUUUACACAGAACCAAACAAUGAUGACAUCAUGCCACUCCAGUAUGUGAUAAUUUUAUUUUUUUAUUUUUUAUUUUUUUAAAUGUGCGUGGCAGCAGAUCUUGUCUACUGCUUGGACAGUAAGGAGCUUCCGGACCUUAUUGUUUUCCCAAUUUUCAGCUGCUGUUCUUUUUUGAGUUAGCUGCUAACUGCUAUCAACUAAACGCCUCUAAAGGCAAAAGUGUUUAUAGCUGUUAAGAACCGCCAAACUUGAAGGCUGGGAGAGGAGCCUGUCUUCAUAAAGAGUUCAUUGAAAUUCACCGCCAGUAUGGACAGAAGGGAUGAUUACAGCAACUCUCAGCAUUGUACAGUAUGUGAGGAAGAUGGUCUAGUCCAAAAAAUCUGGUCUUAUCCUUUAACUAGAUAGCUUUAAAGUUUUUUCAUCUUUACAAAUUAAGUGUUGAUGAUUAAACAUCUACAGGGACUCUUCUUGAAUUGCCUCACAUAGCACAGAUUUUGAAGAUGGUAACCCUGGAAAUGAAGUGACGAAGGUAUCCAAGCUAUUGUUUCACUUAGCCAGUCUAAUCUCUCCAUAUCCUCUACUUGAGUCCAUAUCCAGUAAUUUUUCCUGUUACUUUUUCUUCUUUUUUUUUUUCUUCUUAUUUCGUAGCACUGACAUGGUAGCACAAGAGGCACUUAGCAUUGUGGUAGCAAAUCUGUGAGCCGAAGGCCUUUUCAGUGUUCUUUUUCGUCAAACAAUGAUUCCUGCCAGUGCUGAGGUCUCUGCCUAGCUAUUAUCACACAAAAACUGUUCAAACACGUGCGUCUUUUGUCAGGUCACACUUGGGCAGACAUUUUCUUGAGACAAUUCUGUUGAGAGAUUUUAUUCGAUACUAGCUUGUUGGUGUUGCCAAACGAUUUUGACGGCUGCUGUACCUCAGGACCUUUUGUUGUGCCUUUUUUUAAUCUUGAGUAUCAAAAGAUCAGAUCUCUACUUCUGGUCCAGUUUCAGGUGUAUUUCUGUUUCAUAAAUGGUUAUAAGAGCCUGGGCUUUUAGCAGCAGAUUGUUAAUGAAAUUUUGAGUGUAGAGCAUUAGCAGCGUUAGCUUUGCAAUAAAGCUUUUGGGGUUUCCAUUUUUAUCACUCGGUUGCAAGAUUACAAGUCUUUUUUGUUGUACAGUAACGUAUAGCUGUUGAGUCUUAUUUACACCCCUGAUACUGUUGAUGAAAUUGGAUUUCAGUCAGUCACCCCCAGAUGAGUGAGAUUUUCAAUUCUGCCUUUGAAAAAAACUGUUGGCAAAGAGUAUUUUAUUGAUUUAAGGAAUAAUUCUAGUCGUAAUUUUUGGACAUACAUUUUUUGACUUUCUCUCUGAUAGUGAGAUGAGAAAAUUGACACCAAUAUCAAGUGUCUGUGUGAAAUACGGAUUACAGCUUGGAUGCAUUAAAAAAUAUGCAUACCAACACCUCAAAGCUUGAUACCAUGUUUUAUCUAGUCUCUAAUAUUUAGUAUUAUCAGUUUUAGAGAUGUUAUGUACUUAUUUUUUUGGAAUUGACAUAGACUCACAUAGUUAAGAUUUUUUGAAGUGGGGUUGCAUGGGUUGCUUAUCCAUAGGCAUACAGUAGAUGGAGGCCAGCACACCUCCAGUUUGGAGAAGCAGACUGGAGUCCAACAUUGUAGCUCAGCAAUCUAAUGCUGUGGUGGGGUCAGCAACAACAUGUAUUUUAGCUACCUAAAAAAAUACCCACCUAAAAAAGUCAAUAUUAGUGUAUGUGUGCGCUGUAUUGAGAGUACUUGCACUGCUUUACCUUUCUGUCAGACAGUGAUUUCCAACUGCAAUGUGCAGCUGUUGUUUCGCUUCCUUCUAAGCCAUUGAGAAAAUCAGUGAUUUAACGUUGCUGAACACAGAUGCUGCUGGUCUAUCUCUGCCGCGAACAGUUAUUUUGAUUGUGUUAUUGUGUGACUUUGGCAUUUAAAGGGGUUAGUUCCACCAAAGUCCCACAAUAACACUAACUAACUAAUUGAAGCAGCAGUAGACCAGCAGCUCCUGUGUUCGGUGAGCUAAAAUUACUGUUUUUCUCAAUGGAGUCUGGUGGCUUUGAGGAGAGCAUAGAUGGAUAACUGAAGCUGUUAAUGGCUUUCUCUUUAGAAUGGGCUGUCUGACAGACAGGUAAAAGGUGAAAAUACUGAAUAGAACAUGCACUUAAACUGAUACUGAUUUAUUUUUGGGUGGGACUUUUUGAGGUGACUAAAAUACAUUUUGUUGCUGACCCCUCUACAGCAGUAGAUUGCUGAGCUUUCAUGUCGGACUCCAGUCUGCUUCUCCUAACUGGUGCCGUGCCGAACAUCUACUGUAUGUGAUAUACUGUCUAAGUAUAAGUACCUCAUACGACCCCACUUCACCCCCACACCUUUAAUGCACAGACAUAAGUGGUAUGGAUUUUCACAUCUCACUCAGAAAGAACUACUUAAGAAAAAUUCCCAAAAUGUUGAACUGUUCUUUUAACUGGCAGAAUUUGGUGUUCUGCUUGAUUCUAAGCCAAAUUCUGUUUUCUUUGUUCCACUAAAACAUGCUAAGCUGCUUUUAAGCCACAGAAGUUUUCAUCCCUUUAUUCUUGAUGCAUUAAGAAACUUUUGAGCAUUUGGUUCAUCUGGCCGCAUGUAUUGCAUGUUCUCUGCAUGGGUUGUGAAAGAAGUGGUUUAAAUUUGUAACCCUUCACAAACCGAUAGCAGAACAAUCUGUCCAGCAUUAUUUGAGACAAGUAAGACUUUCAGGCACAGUCUCAUCUCCCUGUGAGCGUUCUUUUUAAGGUAUCUUUACUGAAAAGGAGUUCUUAUUCAAUCCAGGUUUCAUAUUGUUAUUUUGGCAUGAUUUCUACUGUCUGCCUGUUAAGCAGCCCAUUUCAGGACACUUACAAAAACAUUGUUAUUUUCAACUUGCUAAAAAAUAGUCAUUGUGAGAAAAAUUUCUCAUCCUGACUUAAUUCAAAUAUUUGUCACUUUUUCACUCACUGGUUUUGCAUGACAUCCUCCAAGUUGAUCUCAGUUGCGGCGUAUGAUGGUUUUAUUUGUUUUACAAGUUAAUUUUUAUUUCAGAAUCUCUCAUUAAUUAAAAUGCUGCAUUGCACUUGUUCUGAUGUUCUCUGUGUGAAGGUGUUUCUUUGUACAGUUGAUGUAUUUUUAGGUAAUUUUACCUUUUGGGUUUUUUUUGUUAUGAAUUGCUCUUAAUUGUUGGCAGGCAGCAGGCUACGAUGAAAGGCGAACUGAGCAGCAGGUGGCAAUUGUGAAUAAACAAAAGAAACAAACAU